GAUAUAUCCUACCUGGCAACCCCAGCGCCUGUUCUGUUAACAGUUCAAUGAGCCAAGAUGGCGGACUGCGAAGACCAGCUCACCGAUGAAGAGAAGGUGCGGAUUGCAGCCAAUUUUGUUAUCCAUGCUCCUCCUGGAGAGUUUAAUGAGGUCUUUAAUGAUGUGCGACUACUGCUCAAUAAUGACAACCUUCUCCGAGAGGGCGCAGCCAAUGCGUUUGCCCAGUACAACAUGGAUCAGUUCACCUUAGCCAAAAUCGAUGGCUAUGAAGAUCAGGUCCUGAUCACAGAGCACGGCGACCUGGGGAACGGACGCUUCUUCGACCCCCACAACAAGGUGUCUUUCAAGUUUGACCAUCUGAGGAAGGAGGCCAGCGGCCCGCAGCCCCACGAGGGUGAGGCGGCGCUGCGGUCCUGGACAGAGGCCUGCGACGACGCGCUGCGGGCCUACGUCAAGGAGCACUACCCCAGCGGAGUCUGCACUGUUUAUGGGAAAACCAUAGAUGGCCAGCAGACCAUCAUUGCUUGUAUUGAAGGACACCAGUUUCAACCCAAAAACUUCUGGAACGGCCGCUGUCGCUCUGAGUGGAAGUUCAGCAUCUCCCAGUCGACCGCCCAGGUGAUCGGAGUCCUGAAGAUACAGGUGCAUUACUAUGAGGAUGGAAACGUCCAGCUUGUCAGUCAUAAAGACAUUCAAGAAGUACUAACAGUGUCUAACGAAGUGCAGACUGCAAAGGAGUUUGUUAAGAUCAUCGAGGACGCGGAGAACGAAUACCAGACGGCCAUCAGCGAGAACUACCAGACCAUGUCGGACACCACCUUCAAAGCUCUACGCAGACAACUCCCGGUCACGCGUACCAAGAUCGACUGGAACAAAAUCCUUAGCUACAAGAUUGGCAAGGAGAUGCAGAAUGCUUAGAAUGCAGUGCCUGUGACGGCUGUGCUUGUUGUGUGUUCAAAGACACAACAGGGGGCGGGGGGGGGGGGGGGGGGAUUGUUAAUGGGGGCGUAAUUAAUUUAAAUGUCAAUGAAAGAUGCUCGAAAUCUCGUAAGAAAGUUAAUUUUUCUUUUGUUUUUCUUUUUGGACUUCUGCCAGGGAAUGGGCUUCACUUUAAGGGAAUUGAAUUGUCUUAUUUGCAAACAACUUAUCUUGGAACAAUUGAUGCCUUCGGUGACACUGUGAAGGCUAGGGUUAGUUCCCUGCCACACACACACACACACACACACACUGUCUGACCCCCCCCCCUGUAUAGUAUGGUGUCAUACUGUCACACCACACCUCAUGUAGCAAACAUUUUAGAUGGUGUAUCGUAAGAUGACAUCCUUAAUGGAGCUUCCAUCACCACCAUCAUAUUAAAAGACUGGUUGGUUGGUAUAAUGCCUGAUAUUUAAUGACCCAGCUACCAACUGCGUUGCAUGAUUUCCUCUUUUUAUAUGAGAAAUAGCUGCAGUGUUUGUCAGCCAAAAGCCUCUCAUUGGCUGACUGGAUUUCAUUAGUUGUGAAGCUCAAGGUGCAGGCUGGUUCUGGCUGCUCUCCUAUGCAGAGUAAGGUCUCAGAUAUUGAGUCUGAAUAACGUACACUCCCCUUGGCUUAAAAAGUAUUCCCUGCCCACUGUUUGCCUUCAGCUUUUGCUAUAUUUUUUUAUACAAAAUAUAAGUGCAUACAUAUAAUAUUCAAAAGGAAUAAGUAAUUAAACCAAAUAUUAUCUUGUAUCUAUUGGGUUAUGCGAAUUGUGUCCUAGUGUAACCAUGUAGGAGCUGAAGAUUAUGGGUGCCAAAUGUUAACUGUUAAUUGAAAAAAAAAAAAUCUUUAAAUGGCAAAACAAGAUCAUCCCAUAUCUAUUCAUGCCAAUAAUCAGUUGAUGAAGAAAAUUCAAUCGGAUGCAAUUUUGUUACAAUGAAGCACACAUAUAGAUGAAUAUGAACACUUUGCAUUUGUAUAAUAUAUCGUCUGUGUGUGGGAUAUAUAUUUCUUGUGUCCAAAAAUGUCAAACCAUGAAUAAAAUAUUCUGCCAUCA